AAGUAAAUAGCUUUUGGCUUCUCCAAUUCUGACAUGACAUUGGCGCGCGAGACUUGGAAUGUUGCAAGCCAAGCCAUCUUUCCUCUCUCCCUUUAUCUUUCCAUUUCAUCACUUUCGACGGCUCAGUUCCUUUUUCGAAACCUUACUUCCACAUUCGUCUUCUCCAUCGCUUUAGCUCACUUUCAGCUUGGGAUCGACAAAUCUAGCCCUGAUUUUGAAUACAGAAUCGUAAGAGAAGAUGUUUGGUUCUACUAACUCAGCUUUUGGGCAGUCAUCUAGCAGCCCGUUUGCAUCCCAACCAGUCUUUGGGCAGACCAGCAACACAAGUAACAAUCCUUUUGUUCCCAAGCCUUUUGGUAGCACAAUCCCGUUUGGUGCCCAAACGGGGAGUUCCAUAUUUGGCGGCACUUCAACUGGUGUAUUUGGUGCAGCUCAAUCUUCUUCACCUUUUUCUUCCUCAACGACCUUCAGUGCUUCAUCCUCACCAGCUUUUGGAAAUACAACUCCUGCUUUUGGAGCGGCUUCUAGUCCGGCUUUCAAUAGUUCACCAUCACCAUUUGGUGGUUCAUCUGGUUUUGGUCAGAAGCCUGUUUUUGAAGCAUUUGGGUCCAAUACUGCUCAACCAAGUCCUUUUGGAAGCACAACUCAGCCAUCACAGCCAGCAUUUGGGAGCGGAAUAUUUGGUUCCACCACACCAUUUGGUGGAUCAAGUCAGCCAGCAUUUGGUGCUACCACCACCCCAGCCUUUGGUGGUACAAGUAGUCCAGCCUUUGGUGCUACGAGCACCCCAGCCUUUGGUGCUACGAGCACCCCAGCGUUUGGUGCUACAAGCACCCCAGCAUUUGGUGCUACAAGUACCCCGGCCUUUGGAGCUACUAGCAACCCCCCAGCCUUUGGGGCUACAAGCAGUCCAGCCUUUGGUUCCACAACAAGUCCUACGUUUGGAAGCACAGGAUCUGCAUUCGGGGUGUCAAAUUCCUCCGUGUUUGGAUCUACGGGAGCAUUUGGGGCUUCAAGCACCCCAGCUUUUGGUUCAUCUGGAUCCACCUUUGGUACUUCAAGCAAUCCAGGUUUUGGUGCGUCAAGUGCUCAUGGUUUUGGUUCAUCCAGUACUCCAUCUUUCAGCUUUACAUCAGCUCCUGCUUUUGGCCAAUCAAAUUCUACAUUUAGUAGUGCCUCAUCUCCAUUUGGAGCACAGAGUUCUCCAUUUGGCAGUCCGGCCUUCGGUUCCACAACAAGUCCUACAUUUGGAAGCACAGGAUCUGCAUUCGGGGUGUCAAAUUCUUCGGUGUUUGGAUCUACGGGAGCAUUUGGGGCUUCAAGCACCCCAGCUUUUGGUUCAUCUGGAUCCACCUUUGGUACUUCAAGCAAUCCAGGUUUUGGUGCGUCAAGUGCUCCUGGUUUUGGUUCAUCCAGUACUCCAUCUUUCAGCUUUACAUCAGCUCCAGCUUUUGGCCAAUCAAAUUCUACAUUUGGUAGUGCCUCAUCUCCGUUUGGAGCACAGAGUUCUCCAUUUGGCAGUCCGGCCUUCGGUUCCACAACAAGUCCUACAUUUGGAAGCACAGGAUCUGCAUUCGGGGUGUCAAAUUCUUCGGUGUUUGGAUCUACGGGAGCAUUUGGGGCUUCAAGCACCCCAGCUUUUGGUUCAUCCGGAUCCACCUUUGGUACUUCAAGCAAUCCAGGUUUUGGUGCGUUAAGUGCUCCUUGUUUUGGUUCAUCCAGUACUCCAUCUUUCAGCUUUACAUCAGCUCCUGCUUUUGGCCAAUCAAAUUCUACAUUUGGUAGUGCCUCAUCUCCGUUUGGAGCACAGAGUUCUCCAUUUGGAGCUCAGCCAACAACAUUGGGGAGCAAUGCCUUUGGGCAGUCAGCUUUUGGGGGCCAACAACGUAGGGGUAGUAGAGUGGCUGCAUAUACAGAAACUCCUGAACCAGAUGGUGGUAGUGGGGCUACUGCUGCAAAAUUGGAGUCAAUAUCAGCAAUGCCAGUAUAUAAAGACAAAAGUCACGAAGAACUUCGCUGGGAGGAUUAUCAAUUGGGAGAUAAAGGUGGUCCAGCUCCUGCUGGUGGGAGUGGCUUUGGCAUGUCUGCGUCACAACCGAACUCUUUGAAUACUGCAUCAUCAUUUCCUCAAGCAUCUACAAGUCCUUUUAAUACCGCAACUGCACCAAAUUUGUUUUCUCCAAAAAUCCCAUCCUUCCCUUCUACUGGCUUUGGAACAUCGUCUACAGCAUUCAGUUCAUCAUCUUUUGGUUCAUCUUUCAGCUUUACAUCAGCUCCUGCUUUUGGCCAAUCAAAUUCUACAUUUGGUAGUGCCUCAUCUCCAUUUGGAGCACAAAGUACUCCAUUCGGAGCGCAGCCAACACCAUUGGGGAACAAUACCUUUGGGCAGUCAGCUUUUGGGGGCCAACAACGUGGGGGUAGUAGAGUGGCUGCAUAUACAGAAACUCCAGAACCAGAUGGUGGUAGUGGGGCUACUGCUGCAAAAUUGGAGUCAAUAUCAGCAAUGCCAGUAUAUAAAGACAAAAGUCACGAAGAACUUCGCUGGGAGGAUUAUCAAUUGGGGAAAAAAAGGAGGUCGAUUAUUAUGAAAGCAAGGUGGCGCAGGCGGUAAUCACGAAUAAAAUGGUCAAAAUGUGAGAAUGAUGCCUUCUGAACAGAGGAUGCAUAGAAGAGUGGGUCCCAAGAGGCAUUUGCACCACCUGCCGCCCAAUUGUUGUCACAGUGCAAAAACUGCUGCUGGUCUGAAGACCAAGCACCUGAAGUUGAUGACCCCAAAAUUGCUGACCCAUCAAUCUGUGACAGCUGCUGUGUGCUCGCCGCUGUCACUUUACCAUCCCCAGCAAGGCUUGUGAUUUGCAAUGGCAGCUCCAUAGGGCACUGCUCUGUAAAUGAAUCAGUUUGCGUUGACCAUGUUGACCAAUUGGGCACUUGGUCAUAUGCUAAUGCUGGAGACUCAUUGCUCCAAGCUAUGCUCUGGUUUGAUGCUGUGUGACUAGGCUGAGCUUGAUGAUGACCCCACCGAUGAUCAUGACCGUUAAUAUCUAACACAAUCGGAUCCUCCUUCGCCGACCAGGAUGAAGAAGGAUGCCGGUUCGGGUUCACAAAACCCACCACGCCACGUGGACCAAUAGGAGACGGCUCCAUCUUGGCACCACCAUUAUUCCCCCGUGGUUGCGGAACCACACACCCUUUGCCGUCGAGCAGCUUAGCCCUGAGCG